AAACUGUUUAAUGUUAACCAAACCACACUAUUUACUGAGGUAUUUAGUUAAGCCAUAGUUAUGUGUCUACCGUGACAGACGCACGUCUUUAAAGUAAAAGUUAAAGAGAUUAGUUUUAAUUUAACCUUAAAUAAAAUCAACACAAAAAUAUAUUUUCGAUAAUGAGGCGAACUAAUAAUUACUGGCUUUGUUACUCCUUGAGCUUCAGUUUUUUUCUUCUACUGAUUAUAGUUGUAAAUCAAUUCAAUAGUAACACAUAUCUUCUUACAACUACCGCUAAUCGAAAAAACAUUCAGAUUAUAAUAAGAGUGGAAGAUGGAACAGAAGUAUACACGAAAGAAAUACCUAUUGUUGACGAGCCCAAUGAUUCAACAGCAAUAGAAGGAAAGCCUAUUCAGAAUAAAAUGUCGACCAUGCAGAAUGAUACCCAAAUGUCAGAGGUUAUUGAAAAGAUUUUAGAAGAUGCACGUACGAAUAUCAAGAACGAGCUCUCUAAUUAUAACUUUUCAUAUUCUGGUGCCAAUGUACUGGAAGAUUUAGUCAUGGAAUCUGGAGGACAACCACAGCGUACUUUAAUUAUUUCUUCAUGGCGAUCAGGAUCGACGUUUUUUGGAGAUUUGAUAGAUUCCAUUCCAAGCAGUUACUAUCAUUAUGAACCGCUACUUAUGUUUGGAAUCAAACAAAUCCGAACGCCUGCAGAAGCUGGCGAAGCUCUCAAAAUUGUAAAAAACAUGUUCAAAUGUAAUUUCGAUGGUUUGGAAGAGUAUUUUGAAUUUGAGAGCAAAGACUUAGAUUUGUUUAGUCAUAGCACCAGACUAUGGGAUUAUUGUAAGUACGACAACAAGAACGACUUGUGUUUCAACGCGGAAUUUACCUCACGACUAUGUAAGCUGUUCCCUUUCCAGAGCAUGAAGCUCGUCAGACUGAGAUUACGACUUGUUGAGGAAAUUAUAAAAGAUAAAGAACUCAACGUGAAGGUAAUCCUGUUGACUCGAGACCCCCGGGGUCUGAUGCAGUCGAGGCGUCAACGACACUUCUGUGAGCUGUCUUCAGAUUGUUGGGAACCCUCGCUGGUCUGUGCCGACAUGAUCAGUGAUUAUGUAGCAGCAAAAACUAUACUGCAAAAAUAUCCUGAUAGACUUCUAGUGAUAAGAUUUGAAGAAUUAGUACUACAACAGAACACAACACUAGAGAGAAUUUUAAAUUUCCUUGACAUUGACGCGAGGAAGGCGUUUAAUGAUUUCCUACAAACGCACACUAACGUAGAGGUGGCUGGAGUUCAUUCUACUUUCAAAGUCUCUCGCAAUAUUCCUUUUAAGUGGAAACAUACGUUGGACUUUACUUACGUUAGUGAAUUACAGAUGGCAUGUAAGGAAGCAAUGCACUUAUGGGGUUAUAAGAUGGCCUACAAUGAGAUUCAUAUGACAAGCGAAGAUUUUAACCCAGUAGACGACUAUACAAUAUCCUAAUAUAAUUAUUUCAGACUUAGACAACAAGAAAAGUUUUUCUUCUGAAAGUUUUCACUCUAUGGAUCGCUAUUAUACCUAUCCAUGUAUAAGCUGAAAUGCAACAGGUUUUAUACUAAAAUUCAAUACUUUAAACGUUUCCCCUUCAAUUAGCAACAAAAAGUUUCAAGCUAACAAUGAACAGUCAUAGACAGAGGGUACAAUAAGCGUACCUCAAGGCUGAAUACUUGGUACAUAUCAUAUUUCAUUAGGUUAUUAUAUUUAUCUAAAUUGCUGCUGACAUUGAACUUCAAAUCCUACAAACAUAAUAAAGCAAGGCAAAGUUACACAAAAUGAACUGAAAAGAUUGUAAUCUUUAGUAUCGCAUUAAACUGUAUAGACACAAAACAAACACCAUUACAUAACACAAACAUAGUUCUAAUGAAAGCGUAUAAUUUUUCCAAUAAGCGUAUUCAAAUCCACGCAGUAUUUAUUCGCAUAAAUCCCGUCAACAACAUUGCUUAUAGAAACAGUUACAAAUGAGAUUAACCAAUGUUUGUUCGCUAAUAUUACUGCGGUAAAUGCUAUUCCUCUUGUUUAUUUAGCAUUAAACGAAGCUCGUUCGACGUAUUAUUAAAUCGCUAUUAUAAAUGUCAUUCGUUGUCGAUGAGAAUUCACGUUGUAAUCCCGUACAUAUAAUUAUGAAAUACAUACUGUUGAUUAAUUAUAUUGAUUGCCUCGUUAUUAGUUGUAUUUAUUAUUU